GUUAUUUAGGGCCACCAUGAGCUUCUUAUUUUUUUUUGAAAAUGAAUUAUCAGCCCAUUGAUGAAGACUUACCCACAGGUAUUCAUCCUUAUCAAUACUCUAAAAACGACAAAGAUAAACAAACAGGAGAUUAUCAAACUUAUGUACCUGGACUGGAUACUAGAAAUGUUUCCACAGAGGACGUAGAGAAAGGAAGUGCUAGUUCUAGUUCAAGGCCGUGGUUGAAGGAAGCACUCAACUCCAUCCCAAACCAAGACUUUGCGGUGUAUACUGCUCCACUUCAACUCUUUUCAGAUCUGACACUACAAGACAGGCUAUUGCAAAUAUGGGGUUGUGCUCGUCCUUGGUCUGAAUUUUUUGAUAUUCGAAAGUUUCGUUUCCCCACUCAAGGAGAGAACGGUGUUGCUAGAGUGAAGACUAAUUUGGAAAAUUUCUUUUACAAUUACCUUAUCAGCUGUUGUUGUUUUCUAUUUGUGUUUCUCUUUGUUCACCCUAUUCAAGUAUUCUCUUUGAUGGUCUGUAUCUUGAUAGCUGUCUAUUUCUUUCUAUGGAAACAGGAGCCUAUUGUUAUUACGAAUGCGGUUCAUUUGGAUAUGAAUGGCAAACUAGUUGUAUUAGGAGUGACUGUCUUAUUAGGACUUUUAUUGGGUCAUAUGGCUACUAUACUAUUCAAUUUUACACUUUAUAUUACGGUUGUAGUUUUGUUACAUGCAUUCUUAAGGGAAAAUCAUAUAGAAGGAUGAAAGUUUCCUAUGUUAGAUAUGAAUAUAUAAAU